GGGCGGUGUAAAGGCGGCGGACGGGCCGGAGGGAGGAUGUUAAAGCCCCGCGAUCAGCCAAAAUGGGAAGUACUGGAUUCUGCUCUCCUCCAAGAAGAGUCAGUGGGACUGGUUAAGAUCAGUAUCUGAGGAUUUUACCAGCAAUCAUCAGUCCCCUUUUGCUUUCUUUUACGACCACAUGAAACUUGAGAAGCCAUCUAAAGCUAAAUCAUUUAGUGGAGUUGGGCAGUUCCCAAGUGUCCAACAAGAAGGCCUGGUUUAGGCUGCGAUGGCCACUGUCAUUCCUGGUGAUUUGUCAGAAGUAAGAGAUACCCAGAAAGUCCCUUCAGGGAAACGUAAGCGUGGUGAAACCAAACCAAGAAAAAACUUUCCUUGCCAACUGUGUGACAAGGCCUUUAACAGUGUUGAGAAAUUAAAGGUUCAUUCAUACUCUCACACAGGAGAGAGGCCCUACAAGUGCACGCAACAAGACUGCACCAAGGCCUUUGUUUCUAAGUACAAAUUACUAAGGCAUAUGGCUACUCAUUCUCCUGAGAAAACCCACAAGUGUAAUUAUUGUGAGAAAAUGUUUCACCGAAAAGAUCAUCUAAAGAAUCACCUACAUACACACAACCCCAACAAAGAGGCGUUUAAGUGUGAAGAAUGUGGCAAGAACUAUAAUACCAAGCUUGGGUUUAAACGUCACUUGGCCUUGCAUGCUGCAACAAGUGGUGACCUUACCUGUAAGGUAUGUUUGCAGACUUUUGAAAGCACAGGGGUACUUUUGGAGCACCUCAAAACUCACGCAGGCAAGUCUUCUGGUGGGGUAAAAGAAAAAAAGCACCAGUGUGAACACUGUGAUCGCCGUUUCUAUACCCGAAAAGAUGUCCGUAGACAUAUGGUCGUGCACACUGGAAGAAAGGACUUCCUUUGUCAAUACUGUGCACAAAGAUUUGGACGGAAAGAUCAUUUAACUCGUCAUAUGAAAAAGAGUCACAAUCAAGAACUUUUGAAGGUCAAAACAGAACCAAUGGACCUUCUAGAUCCCUUUACCUGCAACGUUUCUGUGCCUAUAAAAGACGAGCUGCUUCCAGUGAUGUCUUUACCUUCCAGUGAACUAACAUCAAAGCCAUUUACAAACACUUUGCAGUUAAACCUUUAUAAUACACAGAUUCAAUCCAUGCAGAGUUCUGGACCAGCACACCAAAUGGUCACCACAUCAUUACCUUUGGGAAUGACAUGCCCAAUUGAUAUGGAAUCUGUUCACCCUUCCCACCAUCUGUCUUUGAAAUAUCCACUCAGUUCUACCUCAUAUGCAAUUUCUAUGCCUGAAAAAGAACAGCCAUUAAAAGGGGAAAUUGAGAGUUACUUAAUGGAGUUACAAAGUGGUAUGCCUUCCUCAUCCCAGGAUUCUCAAGCGUCUUCAUCUAAACUAGGCUUGGAGCCUCAAGUAGGACCCCUAGAUGAUGGAUCUGGGGAACUGUCCUUAUCCAAAAGUUCCAUUUCCAUUAGUGAACCUCUAAACCCAUCAUCUUUGGAUUUUUCCCAGUUGUUCAAUUUCAUACCUGUAAAUGGCCCCCCCUAUAACCCUUCUGUAUCGGUGGGGAAUCUUGGACUGAGCUAUUCCCAAGAGGAGACACAUUCUUCUUUGGCUCAGCUUCCACCACAGACCCAGGAUCCUCAAGAUCCUGCAAACAGUAUAGGCCUCGGUUCUCUGCACUCCCUGUCAGCAGCCUUCACAAGCAGUCUAAGCACAACCACCACCCUACCACGCUUUCACCAAGCUUUCCAAUAGGAUACAGAGAGCUGUCUUACUAAAAAAUUUAUUUGUAGAAAUGCCUUAGGUGACCAUUUUUAAUGUAGUGCCUACAUUAAGACAUUAUAAAAUCUCUGCUUACUUUGUAUAAUACCAAUUUCAUUAAGCCAGUAAGAAAUUGAAGCUAACUUUUUUAAUGAGCUCUGAAACCGUUUGUGUUCAAUUAUGUUUACUUUGGUUAAGUCUCAAAGUGUUUUGUCAUCUUUUCACUGCCAAUUGAUGUGCUUUACAAAAUAAUUGAUAUAGGAAA